UAGGAAUAGAUAUUUCGCAAGCUACCUUACUUUCGAGCAAUAGGACUAGUUCCAUCACUGCCGCCAUCAACUUCGAUGCUCGAUCCAGGUCAACGUUGCAAUUUUGUCUGUAUUGAUUUAUAAUUAUUUAGUUGUCACCAUCUUUGUGUUGGUAGGGCGACUAGACCAUUAAGCCCGACAUUUCGAUUCGAGCGCUGCGCGAGUAUUUUCUGGAACUGAACUUCACACAAACUACGACAAUAUUAGUUCCAAUCUGCUAUCGUUCUGCAAGAUUUUCAACGCUUUCAGCUACCCUUAGAGAACAGAUUGGCCUUCCACGACUUGUCUGCCGAAGUACUAAAGAUUUCCGUAGUAUUUGUCUGAGUACUGGGAAUAUGAACGAAUUCCGUGGCCAAGGCAUUCAGAGUUCGGGGCCUUUCACGGUCGGCCGUGAUAUCCAUAUCACUGCAGGACCUCGGGACAACGCCACUCUCCUGAAAGUUCGAUCAACCGACCCUCGAGACGAUAAGGUACGCAUUGAACAACAGAAAGGUGGCCUGCUACGUGCCUCAUACGAAUGGAUUCUGAGCUAUGAGGACUUUUUAAGAUGGCGUGAUGGCGAGGGGUACCAACUCUUAUGGAUCAGAGGCGAUCCUGGGAAAGGAAAAACAAUGUUGGUUUGCGGAAUUAUCAACGAGCUCAAUGAAGCGCGUAAGAGUGGUUGCAACAUUGCGUACUUUUUCUGCCAAGCCACCAAUUUUCAACUGCGGAAGGCGACCUUCGUGCUACAGGGUCUCAUAUUCUCGUUAAUUUCUCAGCAGCCUGAUUUACUGGAUUUGGUUCGAGAUGACAUCGACCAGGCAAGUAGCGAGUUAUUCCGAGAUCUGAAUGGGUGGGCUGCACUCUGCAGAAUAUUCAAUCUUCUGAUUGAGGAAACGGAAAGGCGCCGGCAAAUCACUUACAUUCUGGUGGAUGCACUAGACGAGUGUUUGGAAGACAGGAGUCAGCUUAUUAAAUGGAUUGCGAGUCUAUCAUCGUCGGGCAUCAGAAUACUCAUCUCUAGCCGCAACUGGCCCCUCAUUGAGAGUGGACUGAGCAAUGCCACACAAAAGGUAGCGCUGCACCUGGAGUUGAAUGAUGAGGCUAUUUCAAAUGCCGUGGAUCGCUAUAUCGACGAUAAAGUCGUGAGACUGGAGAGGUCGAAAGACUUGGAUAUUGAAACGCGGGAGACAGUCAAACGGCACUUGAAGUCCUAUUCCAGCAAUACAUUCUUAUGGGUUGCACUAGUCUGCGAGAUACUUGAUCGCGAGGAUACCUAUCCAUGGCGCGUACUUGACAUGCUCCAUGAAUUCCCACCCGGGCUCAAUGAACUUUAUGGACAAAUGGCGACACAUUGUUUCGCCUCGAAGGAAGCCGAACUCUGCCGCCGAGUUCUUGCUGUUCAGACGCUUGCUUACCGGCCACUCACCCUAACCGAGCUGUUGUCCCUGGUCAAAUGCCCCGAGAUGAUCGCGGAGAGAUGGCUACGAAAGAUAAUCGAAUUAUGCGGUUCAUUCUUGACAGUCAAGGAGGACACAAUUUACUUCGUCCAUCAGUCAGCGAAAGACUAUCUGACCAAAAACAUGCCCGAUUCUCUCUUUCCUGAGGGCAUCCUUGCUUCCGGGCAUCGGGCAAUAGUCGUACAGUCUAUCCAAGCCUUGGCCGGCACUUUACGCGAAAAUAUGUACCAGCUACCGUCAAUAGGAUUCCGUCUUGACAAUGUCAACGCCCCUAACCCCGACCCACUACGCGGAAUACGUUAUGCCUGCGUGUACUGGGCUGAUCAUCUAGUCGAUGCCGAGUUAAUGAAGAAAAGGAACGCUGAAGAUGGUAGAUUGGUGUAUCAGUUUCUAGAACAGCACCUCUUACACUGGUUCGAGGCUCUCAGCCUCUUAAGACAACUAAGGUCAGGCAUUGCGGCCUUGACAAAGAUUCUGUCCCCGCAACAAACGAGCAGUGGGAUAUUUCAAGAUUUAUCUGAUAUGGUAUACGAUGCAUGGAGGUUUAUACACCAUAACAGGGUCGGGAUCGAGAGCGCACCGCUCCAAGUGUACAGCUCUGCACUUAUCUUUAGUCCAACGUGCAGUCUUGUCCGACGGCUCUUUCUGAAGGAACCAGAGUGGCUGCUAAUGAGCCCAACCGCGGAAAGCCACUGGAGCCCGUGCCUCCAAACGCUAGAAGGCCAUACCUCGCCAAUCAGCUCUCUUGCGUUUGCACCCAACGGAAAGUAUGUGGCAUCAGCGUCCGAUGAUUGUACGAUUAGGUUCUGGGAUGUGACAACGGGCGAGUGCCUGAAUAUCCUCGGGGAUCAUGAAAAGCGAAUCGGAUUAAUCGUAUUUUCGCCUAAUGGCGAACUAUUGGCUUCGAGUUCAAUCAGUAACGAAAUUUGUAUCUGGGAUACACUAACGGGCGCAUGGCAGCGAACGCUCACAUGUGAUCCUAACGAGCCCAGGUCUUGGUUGACCAAAAUCGCCUUUCGUGAUGAUGAAAACGUUAUAUCAAUUGACAAUUGCGCUGCAGUAUGUAUCUGGGAUAUCGCAACGGGAGAAUGUGUCAAAAGAAGGCCGAGAGAGGUGGUGCACGUCAAGACAAAUACACAGAUUUCUCUCUCGGGAAACGGUCGGCGUGCAGCAUGGUUAACAGCGGACCGGAAGAAAGGAAAGAUCCGAGUCAAUAUACUAGAUACUCGGACUAGGCAGCGGCACAAAACACCCUGGUACCCAAGGCUGGGUGCAGUGGCGUUGUCCUUCGAUGGGGAAGCUGUGGCGUAUUAUCUAACAGAAUCCGAAGAGUUAUGCAUAUGGGACAUAAGGGGAGAUAGAUCAUGGGCCAUAAAACUGCCAACCGACUACCCUGAUGGCCAGCCUUCCGAAUCAUUAACCUGGUCGCCUGAUGGCCAGUACAUAGCAGCAAGAGGGGAUAAGCAUAAAACAAUAAUAGUGAAGUGGGCUAUUGCAACCGGCCCGGCCAUCAUACCUUCCCAAUGGACCGGCGUUAUACAAUAUUGGGAUGUAUUAGAGUUCUCACCUGACAGCACCUUGCUAGUAUCCAGCUCGCUAAACAAGGCAGUGCAGGUGUUUGAAAUGGCAGCACUCCGAACACAGCCCGAGAAGCGCAAAUGGCCACAAACCACCAACUAUCCAACCAAACCCUUCCUCUCUCCCGACGGUAACUUCCUUGGAUUUACGGGCGACGAUGGGGAUAUCCAAGUGUGGGACCUAGUGAAGAACCGACGCUUGAGUAGAAUUGCAAUGCCAUACGACUGGGGUGGUCCCUGGGACACGAUGACAUUUUCCCCUGAUGGUAAGCAAUUGUUGCGGGGCAAGUCAUCGCCUGCAGGUGGACACGUGAAACACGUAACAGAACUUUUCGACGCUGCUACCGGCUGCCGCCUGUGGGAGAUAUGCGAGAGCGGGAGAAACCCGCAUAGUGUUGCGUUUUCUGAGAACGGAACCUACUUGGUAAGCGAUACACGGGCACGGCAGCAUGGAAAUCGGGCGGUGAGUAUUAGGGACGCGAUCACAGGAACCUGCAUUGGUGUUAUCACUAUUCCAUCACGCGAGACUUGGGCCCUCUCCAAUGAUGGCACAAAAUUGGCAACGACACGACGAACUGUAUCUCCAGAUCGUAUAAGGAAAGAACCGCUACUGCGGGUCGCCGUCUGUAUUUUUGAUGUAGCAACAGGGUCAUAUAGGUGCUUAGACACCAUACCAAAUGCAGAAAGUUGCUACACUCUCAUGUUCUCACCGGACGACAGUCAUAUUGUUCUACUCCUUCAAGGCGAGAUCUGGAUAGUGGAAGCGACAACGGGGGCUUUGUUGAAACGCCUUGUCGGAUUCGAAUGGGUUUCUCGAUGGGUGGUAGCUGGUCUACAAACUUCACGCGGUAUUUACGAUACACGGGCACCGCUAGACGAUCCUAGGGAUUUGAUAGAAUAUGACAAGAACAAUGUUAUCGAAGGCACCUUAUCUGGAGUCGGGAUUUCUCCAGCUGGAGACUGGAUCUUGAAGAACGGCGAGCCAUACCUCUGGAUUCCCCAAGACCAUCGACAUACAACAAGAUACCCCAGGCAAGAUGCAAUCGCCGGAAAUACGAUUGUAAUUGGCGAUGCUAGUGAUCAGAUCUACUGUAUUCGCCUAUAAUCUACGUCUACAGCCCGAUGAUACACGUGUUCGCUUAACUGUCAACGAGUUCAACAUCUUUCCCCCUUCUCUGACGACACGGAAAACCUGAGAUGCUCCAAAGGAGCGGAGCUGCCAAGCAAUGUCUUGGUGCUCUGAAAGGCCGACCCUACACGGUAAUUUCAGCGCGGCGAACACUUGGGAAAUUAUUCCCCCACACGACUGCACAUCCACGGUCUAGAAUCCGGGCAGGUUACUGUGAUAGUACUACCAUAUUCUCUAUUCUCUAACUUCCAUCCGCACUGGAAACCUCCCCGCCGCCGCCCAUCUCAGCUUGGUAUGCCCUGUUUCCAUUAACAGUGUUGCUGCCCUUCCUAGAAUUUAGAACAUCCCAUUCCGCGUAAUCAGGAAUGAUAUUAAACGUCUUCACAGUUAUCACAAAUGCCGCUUUCAGUUCCAUCUACGCGAAUGUUUGACAGGUACAACUGCGUUGGCCCCUUUCAAACUCCCGCCACGAUCCUUGGAUAAAGGGGGACACUAGCAUCGACUAGCUAUCGUUCUAGAAUGAAGUCUUCUAGCUUGGAAAAGACAGACGGGUGAUGAUGCAUAGCUAAACUGAGCGUCCAGAUGUGGCACUCAUCCGUCGG